AUGCAAGGCUCUAACUUUCGUCAUAUGGUGUAUUCCAUAUGUAAUCGAAUUUUGAAACCAACUCAAAUAGCUCCGGCUAGGCACUUUACUUCCAAACCGAACCGGACUGCUUUAUACGAUUUUCAUCAGCGACAAGGUGGUAAAUUGGUCGACUUUGCCGGAUUCUGGCUACCAGUGCAAUAUAGUGAUCAAAGUAUCAUUACAUCACACCUUUACACUAGAAAACACGGUUCGAUCUUCGAUGUUUCGCACAUGUUACAGACCUACCUUAGAGGAAAGGAUGUGAUAGACUGCUUUGAAUCGAUCUGCACAGCCAACAUCAAGGGAUUACGCAAUGGAUGCGGUACACUCACGGUAUUUACAAACAGCUCUGGUGGAAUCUUGGAUGAUUUGAUUGUGAAUCGAGUAGCUGAUGAUGUCCUAUAUGUCGUAUCGAACGCAUCGAGAAAGGAUGUGGAUAUGGCCAACAUUUCCUGUGCUGUUACUGCGUAUAAAGCCAAAGGCAAAGACGUAUCUGCCGAAUUUCUGCCGUGCGAUGAACAGUCAUUGUUGGCCGUUCAAGGUCCCGAAGCAGUGGCAACGUUACAGAAACUCUGCACUACAGAUCUUACGCGGCUCUUUUUCAUGAACACUAUUUCGGAAUCAAUCGCCGGAGUCAAGGGUUGUCGGAUCACACGUUGCGGUUACACCGGUGAGGAUGGAAUUGAAAUUUCCAUUCCCUCGGCCAAAGCCACAUACAUUGCGUCAGCCUUACUUGAUCCUGGCAUUGGAAAACUUAAAAUGGCAGGUCUGGGAGCACGAGAUUCACUACGGGUUGAAGCUGGUCUUUGCUUGUACGGAAAUGACAUCGAUGAGCGUACGACACCCGUGGAGGCCAAUCUCCUAUGGUUGGUGGCGAAAACACGCCGACUGGAGAAUAAUUUCCCUGGAUCAGAAAAAAUUAAUUCUCAAAUCAAAAAUGGUGUCACUCGCCGGCGCGUAGGAUUUCGGAUGGAGUCCGGAAGUGCUCCCGCACGACAAAAUGUGGAAAUCUACAACAACGAACAUCAGAAAGUUGGUGAAAUAACAAGCGGAUGCCCGAGCCCAUGUUUGCAACAAAAUAUUGCAAUGGGCUAUAUUCGAGAAGAGUAUAAAAAACCUGGGACCGAAAUCACUCUAAAAGUACGUGGUAAGCAUUAUCACAGCUCUGUGACAAAGAUGCCAUUCGUGGCGACUCACUAUUACCAGACGCCAAAGUGAGUAAGGAAGAAGCGUGUGAUCAUGAACUAUGUAAUUGCAAUUAAAAUAAUAG